ACAGGAUUAUGCAAUGACAACUAAGAUUGCCUAUGCCCGUGAUUUAGAAAAAUGCUUGCGCGCCACGUGGAGACAAGGUGGCGUGUGUUAGGAACAUAAUGCGAAUGAACAGAUAGGCAAUCAGGCGUCGCUGCAUGUUAUUGCAUGGUUUAUGGAGUAUUACCCAUUUGCAAUAAGGUGACCGGACAAGGGAACAACGGAAGUUGACACUGAUGUACGGAACGCCGGAACCGUUGCGUUGACAGCGCCUUGGUCUCUGGGAAAGCCACCGCGGAUCCUGCUAAGCUGUUGUAACAUUGAUUAUAAUUGUAGCGCAAAAUGGCGACGCCAAUGCAGCGUGCAGUCAUGAUUGUGGGCGCCGCUAGCGGUCUCGGCUUCGGUGGUUACUACUUUUCCCAGCUCCAAGAGGUGCAGAAAUACGAAAAGGAUAAGAAGGAUAUUGAACGCCUUAUUGAUACGGAGCGUAAACGUGCAGCGGUGACUGCAAAGGCACAGUCGGAGCAGGAAAAUCGCAUAUCGGACGCCGAGAGCAAAGUGCGCCAGGAACAGAAGGAAUUCAACGACUUGGAGCUGAAGCUCGACGAAGCGCGAAAACAAGUUAUAAAGCUGGAGCAGCAGCUGAAGGGCAAGAGCGAGGCGUUGCAGUCGAAGCAGAAGGAGUUGCAAAGUGCGCAGUCGCGGCUUGCGGAGCUGCGGGCUGAGGCGGAGCGUGCAAAGCAGUCGGUCACCCUGGGGGAGAAGUCUCUGUUGAUGGCCAAGGAGAAGGUUGUGGAGGCGAAGCUGCUAACUAAUCCGCUUAAUCACCCGAAGGUAAAAGCGCUCCUCGGGGGCAAGUAGGAAAUGAGUUAUCUCUCUUCCCACGGACCGUAAUGAACUUCGUGUUCGGUGCGAGUUCUGUUGCGGGCCCACGGUUCCUUGCGGUGCGCCUAUGUGAUGCGGACAAAGGACCGGGAAGGCCGCAGCAGUCAGCAUGCUGGCGUAUCUUAAGCUUUGUUAGGUGACGACGUUGUAGGUAGACUUAACGUUUGAGGAGCGAGACUGCGUGCGAGUUUGAGAGUUUCGGCAACGGUUGUUAUGCGCUUUCCGGAUCCGGAUGCGCCGAUGUCGAUACAAACCUUCUUUUAGUUUUCGUCGACGGUCAGACUCCGUGGGGUUAGGCUUAAACAGCUUAAACGCUGUGUGAGGACGCUGGUCACGUUUGAUUGCGGACGGGCAGGGUGUAUGGGGUUGAUUUCGCUGCUGCUUGGAUCUUAAGGGGUGCAGUUACUGCCACUACCUGUGACUGAUGGCGAAGAGUGGCAUUGCUCGGGGUGUAUGGCAAAGGAGCGAGCUGCUGCCACCUUCAAGGGCCGGAAGUUGACUAGCUGGAGGAGAUGUUUGAGGAAGAAGGACAACAGCACAGCUGCGGCUGCUUCGUUCAUGCUGACAAAUCAGGCCCCGUACGGGGCUCUUGUGCGCCGGUAUUCCGGGAUAAGACGGGGUGCUUCCAUACAACAACUUAAAACGUUGUUCAGGUCC